AUGAAUUUUCCUUAAGAUUAAAAUAAAGAAACAAGUAUAUUUUACAAAUCAAAACUUUGUACCCAUUGGUCAACAAGUAACAUAAUUUAUUAUAUUUGUGUAGAAGGACAUUGUGCUAAAUAAGAAAAAUGUAAUUAUGCCCAUGGAGAAACUGAAUUGCGUCAUAUACCGCAAGAAUAUUUGACUCAUCCUCACACUAAUAACUCUAGUGCCUUUUCUAUUAACAAUGAAGGAUAGACAAAUAUGGCUGUCAUCCAAUAAAACUCAAUAUAGGGAUAACUUUUAAAUCCUUUUUGGAAAACAAAAAUUUGUAAUUUCUACCUUCAAGGAAAAUGUAGAAAUAUUAUUGAUUGCAAUUAUGCUCAUGUUGAAGAUGAGUUAAGAGAUCCCAAUAGUCAAGCAUGUCAAUCAAUUCAAAACAUUCUAAAAUUACAAGAUCCUGUAUAUAGACUCUAAUUACUAAAUUAUAAUGCUUAAUUUCAAAAGAAUUUAUUGGAGCGUGCCAAAACAAUAUUUGAUUAAAUAAGGAAAAUGGAAUUAAUACACAAAAACAACAAUGAUAUUUAAGAUAUGCUUGAAGAAGCAAAAUUAUUGAUUUUUUAAAAAGAAAUCGAAUAAGCAACUUUGAAAAUCAUUGAAAUAAUGUCAUUACCUGAUUUAACUUUAGAUGAAAGAGAAUAACAUUAAGAAAUUAAAAGUAAAAUUAAAGAAUCCUUUGAAAUUCCAUAAGUUUAAUUUCCAACCACAUCUAAAUAUCCACCUGAAGAUAUUGAAAAAAUGAAAUAAUUAAUGGAAUAAGAAUAAGGACAGCGAUUACCUAUUCCUAUGAUACCUACAAUCAAACCAUUUCCUAAUCAUUAAUAAGUUUAUUAGGAUAGAUGCAGAAAUCAAAAAUUAACAUGAU